UUAGUGUCUAGAGCGUUCUUUACCUAAGCGGAAUAUCAAGCAGGAAGCCUCCCAGCCUCGUCCCAGGCAGGCUGUCAAGCAGGUAAGCGAAAGCUACGUAAGCGUGGUAUAUGGGGUAUGUAAGGCCUUUUACACCGAGUUGCCUCACCCUCCUCUACCUGAUAACUGCAGUGGGGGCCAAAUUUCGGUGGCCUGCGUUCAGGGGAAGUUCUAUUCGCUCGGAGUUUGCGUGGGAUAUCUAUAUACCUACCUACCUAUAUAGGUUACAGGAUACGGAGUACUUGCGAGAAUGGCGGACUGGCAGGGGGGGUUUUCUAAUAAGAGGAGUUGCAGUCGUAGGCACACUUGUUGAUUUACCGGGCUGGGUCUUAUAGGAAUAUUUACCUGGGGGAUGGAUAUGGCAAAUCAUUUUUCCCCUUGUUUAAGAGGUUGGCUCUGGUAGGUAAAUGCGCUUAUGGUAUUUUUUUUUUUCGUUGCUGGAUGAGAACCAGAGAGG